GUUCAGUUUAAGGGGCGGAGCCUCACCGCUCUUGAGGGGGCCACUGUUGAGCGGAAUCGCUUUUUGGUGUCCUUGGCCGCAGCUGGGAACUGACGGCCACCUUCUCCAACUCGCAGCAUGCUGUUGGGGUUGGGCGGCCGGUGGGCAGCGGGCCUAUGGCCGGGCCGGACGAGGACGACGUGGUGUGUGGCCGCCGCGCUCCGAGGUUCCGGGAUCGCUUCCUGGCGUGCGGCCUCGCUAGCCAAGCCAGAGCGGCUGCGGAGCGGCGGGCAUCUACCGCUAGCCGAGUCUUGCAGGCCAUCGGGGCGAGCGCAGCAGAUACCUGUUUGUUGGGGACGAUGUGUCCGCUGCUUACAUACACAAGUUGAUAAACCAGAAGAUGGCAGGCUGAUUUAUACUGGAAACCUGGCCCGAACGAUAUUUGGUGUGAAAUGUUUCUCUUAUUCUACAAGUGUUUUCAGCCUUGCAUUCUUGCCGUACCUUCUCUCACAAAAUAAUGUGAUGUUUGGAAGUCUGCCUUUGCAAGUCUUAUUUUACGGCGUCAUGGGAAGCUUCACGGUGAUCACGCCCACACUGCUUCACUUUCUUACAAAAGGCUAUGUCAUUCGGUUGUAUCAUGAAGCCACAAGUGACACUUACAGAGCUGUCACUUACAAUGUUAUGCUUUCGGAAACCAGCACAGUGUUUCACCAAGACGACGUGACAAUUCCAGAGAGCGCACAUAUAUUCACCAGCUUUUAUGCUAAAACAAAAUCACUAUUAGUUAAUCCAGCACUCUUUUUAAACCCUGAAGACUAUAACCAUCUAAUGGGUUAUGACAAACCGUUCACUUUUGAUAUGGAAGAAGUCAAUGAAAAGAAACUGCAUGAGGGUGAAAAAUGAACCUGGUCUUCAUUUGUGCUUAAAUGCCAUGUAUUUUCAGGGUAUAAUAAGAUUGCCUUUAUUUUGUUAUUGUUAGUGAAUGAUUGUAGUAACAAAACAAACAAAAAAGUAUAAGGGCUGAGGACACAGCAAUUGGCACUGUGUUUGCUGAUGUGAGGCCCUAGGAUUGGCCUUCAUAGAGCAGGAUGCUUUUGUACACUUAGAAUCCCAGCACAUGGGCCAGCGAGGUAGGAAGAUUAGAAAUCUGAGGUCAUCCUUGGUAAUGUAGUAGGUUUGAGCUUAUCCUGGACCUUGUCUUAAAAACAGAAGUUGAAACUAUCAAGCAGAAUUUCUGAAAAAUUUUUACAUGACAGUGUUCCUAUGUAAUAAAGUAUGUUUAAUUAAGAAUAAAAUGUAGAUGGUCAUGUAUAUUCUGGUAUAUGUAUGGCUACAUUUAUUUACAUAUAUUUUGUUUUUAGACAGAAUCUUACUAUGUAGACCAGUCUGGCCUUGAAUUCAUAGAAAUCUAUCUGCUUCUGUGUGUGCCACCACAUCUGAGCCAUGUAUGGCGGCGGUACAUCAGAACCGGAGCGGAGGCUCAGUGGUUAAGAGCACUGGCUGCUCUUCCAGAAGUCCUGAGUUCAGUUCCCAGCAACCACAUGGUGGCUCACAACAUGAGGGGAUGUGAUGGCCUCUUCUUGUGUGUGGAUGUAUAUGCAGGAGAGCAUUCAUACAUUAAAUAAAUAAAGGAUUAAGGUCUUAAAUAAAUUAAGGCCUGCCACCA